CCUUUACGGGGCUAAGGGAUAUAUAUUUCCCACAUACUGCACUUCAAACAUGUGUUCUAUUUUCGAUGAGUAAGACUGACAUUCGAUUGUCAUUUUUGAAAUGUCAGCCUAAAGGUAAAUGGUUAAAUUAUUGCUGCCGCCAGGUUGAAGAAAAUGCAACAUGCUAUACCAGAGGCGCCAGAUGUAGAGCCAUCGCGAACUGUCGCUCAUCUGUCCAGGAAAUUAGAAGAAACAAUCCGAUGUCGCACUAUGCCUCGCAAAUUAUUAGGCACUAUGAAAGAACACAUCCGAAAUACUGCUUUCUAUUUGUCCGGCGUUGUGGGUAGACCAGAUGCGAGCAUUGAGGCCUACGUGGCGCUCCUCAAAGAGAUGGACACGCAGGGAAGCGCGCUGCUCGUUGAGGGAGCUAUCUCCAAAACGUACAAGGACUCCGCCGCUUACCUUCGGUUAUUGACAUCGUAUACAGAUCAGAUCAAUCUCUCUAACUUAUGUAUGGAAAACAAUAUCAAGAAAAAACUGACCAGAAUAAUGAAUAACGUGCCCGAAAGAGGAUACACUAAAUCCGACUUAGACGGUGUCAUACGCGCACAAACGAAAUUAUUGGUGUCGUACAUCAUGCUUCAAGAACAAAGGACGGCUUUGCUAAAUCAAGUCGUAGACCGGCUUGCCUCUGCUCCUGAGGGUCUCCUGCUGCGGCACGGCACCGUUCGCCAGUCAAACGGAGAUGGAGCUCGCAUGCAAGUUUUCAACUACUUUUCUUUUCACAAAGGACUAUGGCGGAUUUGCCCGAAGACCAAGUAG